GGAUAGUUUCUGCCUGGUGAGAUUGAAUGAUAGUUCUCAUUCACAAAGCCCUGGAUUCUAAGCAGGGACACACAGAAAUUACUUUCGCAGGUAAAUCAGCCCACCCAGCCAAAGUGUGGAGAGCUUUGUUCCUUGGCUGACUUCUUUGCUCCACGGAGAGGAGUGUUUUCCUGUGCUUGCCCUGAAAUGGAACUUCCUUGACAGCUCUCCCGUGUUACAGUACCUGCCGGUCAUUUUCUUUUUCUUUCUCUCUACCUGCGCUCUUCGAGUGUCAGAAACCUUUAAAUCUGUUACUAUGGAAUUGCAAAAAAGAGAUCAAGUGACUCUUUCACUAUGCUGGUUUCCCUUGUGACCCAGAUGAAGAAUCAAUUCAGAAUUCAGUUCCUCCCUUGGCAUUGCAAGAUACAAAAGAAACUGUCACUUCCUAACAGCCUAGUACUGGAGUAAAUUUAGUAUGAAGGAAGAAAGCGCUCUUGCGUGUUAGAACCUUGCCCAUGAGCUGGACCGAGGACAGGAGGUGGACUCCAGGAAAAUUGGAUUUCUUCAAGCAGCCUCCCUUGGAAAUGGAAUAUCUUUAAAAUCUUCUUUGCAGAAAGACAGUUAGAAUGUAUUAAUCAGAAUAGUUGAAGACUUAUUUUCCUUUUUAUUUUUUUUCAAAAUGAGCAUUAUUAUGAAGCCAAGAUCUCGAUCUACAAGUUCCCUAAGGACUGCAGAGGCAGUUUGUUUUGAUGUGGACAAUGGCACAUCUGCGGGACGGAGUCCCUUGGAUCCCAUGACCAGCCCAGGAUCUGGGCUAAUUCUCCAAGCAAAUUUUGUCCACAGUCAACGCCGGGAGUCCUUCCUGUAUCGAUCCGACAGCGAUUAUGACCUCUCUCCAAAGUCUAUGUCCCGGAACUCCUCCAUUGCCAGUGAUAUACACGGAGAUGACUUGAUUGUGACUCCAUUUGCUCAGGUCUUGGCCAGUCUGCGAACUGUACGAAACAACUUUGCUGCAUUAACUAAUUUGCAAGAUCGAGCACCUAGCAAAAGAUCACCCAUGUGCAACCAACCAUCCAUCAACAAAGCCACCAUAACAGAGGAGGCCUACCAGAAACUGGCCAGCGAGACCCUGGAGGAGCUGGACUGGUGUCUGGACCAGCUAGAGACCCUACAGACCAGGCACUCCGUCAGUGAGAUGGCUUCCAACAAGUUUAAAAGGAUGCUUAAUCGGGAGCUCACCCAUCUCUCUGAAAUGAGUCGGUCUGGAAAUCAAGUGUCAGAGUUUAUAUCAAACACAUUCUUAGAUAAGCAACAUGAAGUGGAAAUUCCUUCUCCAACUCAGAAGGAAAAGGAGAAAAAGAAAAGACCAAUGUCUCAGAUCAGUGGAGUCAAGAAAUUGAUGCACAGCUCUAGUCUGACUAAUUCAAGUAUCCCAAGGUUUGGAGUUAAAACUGAACAAGAAGAUGUCCUUGCCAAGGAACUAGAAGAUGUGAACAAAUGGGGUCUUCAUGUUUUCAGAAUAGCAGAGUUGUCUGGUAACCGGCCCUUGACUGUUAUCAUGCACACCAUUUUUCAGGAACGGGAUUUAUUAAAAACGUUUAAAAUUCCAGUAGAUACUUUAAUUACAUAUCUUAUGACUCUCGAAGACCAUUACCAUGCUGAUGUGGCCUAUCACAACAAUAUCCAUGCUGCAGAUGUUGUCCAGUCUACUCAUGUGCUAUUAUCUACACCUGCUUUAGAGGCUGUGUUUACAGAUUUGGAGAUUCUUGCAGCAAUUUUUGCCAGUGCAAUACAUGACGUAGAUCAUCCUGGUGUGUCCAAUCAAUUUCUGAUCAAUACAAACUCUGAACUUGCCUUGAUGUACAAUGAUUCCUCAGUCUUAGAGAACCAUCAUUUGGCUGUGGGCUUUAAAUUGCUUCAGGAAGAAAACUGUGACAUUUUCCAGAAUUUGACCAAAAAACAAAGACAAUCUUUAAGGAAAAUGGUCAUUGACAUCGUACUUGCAACAGAUAUGUCAAAACACAUGAAUCUACUGGCUGAUUUGAAGACUAUGGUUGAAACUAAGAAAGUGACAAGCUCUGGAGUUCUUCUUCUUGAUAAUUAUUCCGAUAGGAUUCAGGUUCUUCAGAAUAUGGUGCAUUGUGCAGAUCUGAGCAACCCAACAAAGCCUCUCCAGCUGUACCGCCAGUGGACUGACCGGAUAAUGGAGGAGUUCUUCCGCCAAGGAGACCGAGAGAGGGAACGUGGCAUGGAGAUAAGCCCCAUGUGUGACAAGCACAAUGCUUCCGUGGAAAAAUCACAGGUGGGCUUCAUAGACUAUAUUGUUCAUCCCCUCUGGGAGACAUGGGCAGACCUCGUCCACCCUGACGCCCAGGAUAUUUUGGACACUUUGGAGGACAAUCGUGAAUGGUACCAGAGCACAAUCCCUCAGAGCCCCUCUCCUGCACCUGAUGACCCAGAGGAGGGCCGGCAGGGUCAAACUGAGAAAUUCCAGUUUGAACUAACUUUAGAGGAAGAUGGUGAGUCAGACACGGAAAAGGACAGUGGCAGUCAAGUGGAAGAAGACACUAGCUGCAGUGACUCCAAGACUCUUUGUACUCAAGACUCAGAGUCUACUGAAAUUCCCCUCGAUGAACAGGUUGAAGAGGAGGCAGUAGGGGAAGAAGAGGAAAGCCAGCCUGAAGCCUGUGUCAUAGAUGAUCGUUCUCCUGACACGUAACAGUGCAAAAACUUUCAUGCCUUUUUUUUUUUUUAAGUAGAAAAAUUGUUUCCAAAGUGCAUGUCACAUGCCACAACCACGGUCACACCUCACUGUCAUCUGCCAGGACGUUUGUUGAACAAAACUGACCUUGACUACUCAGUCCAGCGCUCAGGAAUAUCGUAACCAGUUUUUUCACCUCCAUGUCAUCAGAGCAAGGUGGACAUCUUCACGAACAGCGUUUUUAACAAGAUUUCAGCUUGGUAGAGCUGACAAAGCAGAUAAAAUCUACUCCAAAUUCUUUUCAAGAGAGUGUGACUCAUCAGGCGGCCCAAAAGUUGAUUGGACUUGGGGUUUCUAUUCCUUUUUAUUUGUUUGCAAUAUUUUCAGAGGAAAGGCAUUGCACAGAGUGAACUUAAUGGAUGAAGCAACAAAUAUGUCAAGAACAGGACAUAGCACGAAUCUGUUACCAGUAGGAGGAGGAUGAGCCACAGAAAUUGCAUAAUUUUCUAAUUUCAAGUCUUCCUGAUACAUGACUGAAUAGUGUGGUUCAGUGAGCUGCACUGACCUCUACAUUUUGUAUGAUAUGUAAAACAGAUUUUUUGUAGAGCUUACUUUUAUUAUUAAACGUAUCGAGGUAUUAUAUUUAAAAAAACUAUGUUCAGAACUUCAUCUGCCACUGGUUAUUUUUUUCUAAGGAGUAACUUGCAAGUUUUCAGUACAAAUCUGUGCUACACUGGAUAAAAAUCUAAUUUACGAAUUUUACUUGCACCUUAUAGUUCAUAGCAAUUAACUGAUUUGUAGUGAUUCAUUGUUUUAUAUACCAAUGACUUCCAUAUUUUAAAACAGAAAAACAACUUUAUGUUGCAGGAAACCCUUUUUGUAAGUCUUUAUUAUUUACUUUGCAUUGUUUCACUCUUUCCAGAUAAGCAGAGUUGCUCUUCACCAGUGUUUUUCUUCAUGUGCAAAGUGACUAUUUGUUCUAUAAUACUUUUAUGUGUGUUAUAUCAAAUGUGUCUUAAGCUUCAUGCAAACUCAGUCAUCAGUUGGUGUUGUCUGAAGCAAGUGGGAGAUAUAUAAAUACCCAGUAGCUAAAAUGGUCAGUCUUUGUUAGAUGUUUUCCUACUUAGUAUCUCCUAAUAACGUUUUGCUGUGUCAAUAGACGUUCAUUUCACAAGUGCAUGUCUUUCUAAUAAUCCACACAUUUCAUGCCCAUUUUUAUUGUUUUUACAGCCAGUUAUAGUAAGAAAAAGGUUUUUCCCCUCGUGCUGCUUUAUAAUUUAGUGUGUGUUUGAACCUUAUCCAUGUUUGCUAGAUGAGGUCUUGUCAAAUAUAUCACUACCAUUGUCACCGGUGAAAAGAAACAGGUAGUCAAGUUAGGGUUAACAUUCAUUUCAACCACGAGGUUGUAUAUCAUGACUAGCUUUUACUCUUGGCUUACAGAGAAAAGUUAAACAGCUAACUAGGCAGUUUUUAAGAAUAUUAACAAUAUAUUAACAAACACCAAUACAACUAAUCCUCUUUGGUUUUAAUGAUUUCACCAUGGGAUUUGGAUUUCACCAUGGGAUUUGGAUUUAAUGAUUUCACCAUGGGAUCAAGAACUAUAUCAGGAACAUCCCUGAGAAAUGGUUUUAAGCGUAGCAACUACUCUUCCUUAAUGGACAGCCACAUAACAUGUAGGAAGUGCUUUAUCACUUAUCCUCGAUCCAUAAGCAUAUCUUGCAGAGGGGAACUACUUCUUUAAACACAUGGAGGGAAAGAAGAUGAUGCCACUGGCACCAGAGGGUUAGUACUGUGAUGCAUCCUAAAAUAUUAUAUUGGUAAAAAUUCUGGUUAAAUAAAAAAUUAGAGAUCACUCUUGGCUGAUUUCAGCACCAGGAACUGUAUUACAGUUUUAGAGAUUAAUUCCUAGUGUUUACCUGAUUAUAGCAGUUGGCAUCAUGGGGCAUUUAAUUCUGACUUUAUUUCCAUGUCAGCCUUAAUAAAGUCUUUACCUUCUCUAUGAAGACUUUAAAGCCCAAAUAAUCAUUUUUCACGUUGAUAUUCAAGAAUUGAGAUAGAAGCUAAAGUGGGUAUCUGACAAGUGGAAAAUCAAACUAAGAAGAAUUACAACUCUGAAAAGCAUUUAUAUUUGGAACUUCUCAAGGAGCCUUCUGGGGACUGGAAAGUAAGUCAUCAGCCAGGCAAAUGACUCAAGCUGAAGAGAGUCCCCAUUUCAGUCCCCUGAGAUCUAGCUGAUGCUUAGAUCCUUUGAAAUAAAAAUUAUGUCUUUAUAACUCUGAUCUUUUACAUAAAGCAGAAUAGGAAUCAAGUAGUUAAUUGCAAGGUUUCUACUGUCUUUACUCUGUAAAGAUCAGAUGGUAAUCUUUCAAAUAAGAAAAAAAUAAAGACAUAUGUUUGACCAAGUAGUUUCACAAGAAUAUUUGGGAACUUGUUUCUUUUAUUUGUCCCUAAGUGAAGUCUAGAAAGAAAGGUAAAGAGUCUAGAGUUUAUUCCUCUUUCCAAAACAUUCUCAUUCCUCUCCUCCCUACACUUAGUAUUUCCCCCACAGAGUGCCUAGAAUCUUAAUAAUGAAUAAAAUAAAAAGCAGCAAUAUGUCAUUAACAAAUCCAGACCCGAAAGGGUAAAGGGUUUAUAACUGCACUAAUAAGAGAGGCUCUUUUUUUUUUUUUUUUUCCAGUUUGUUGGUUUUUAAUGGUACCAUGUUGUAAAGAUACCCACUAAUGGACAAUCAAAUUGCAGAAAAGGCUCAAUAUCCAAGAGACAGGGACUAAUGCACUGUACAAUCUGCUUAUCCUUGCCCUUCUCUCUCGCCAAAGUGUGCUUCAGAAAUAUAUACUGCUUUAAAAAAUAAUAAAAGAAUAUCCUUUUACAAGUGGCUUUACAUUUCCUAAAAUGCCAUAAGAAAAUGCAAUAUCUGGGUACUGUAUGGGGAAAAAAUGUCCAAGUUUGUGUAAAACCAGUGCAUUUCAGCUUGCAAGUUACUGAACACAAUAAUGCUGUUUUAAUUUUGUUUUAUAUCAGUUAAAAUUCACAAUAAUGUAGAUAGAACAAAUUACAGACAAGGAAAGAAAAAACUUGAAUGAAAUGGAUUUUGCAGAAAGCUUUAUGAUAAUUUUUGAAUGCAUUAUUUAUUUUUUGUGCCAUGCAUUUUUUUCUCACCAAAUGACCUUACCUGUAAUACAGUCUUGUUUGUCUGUUUACAACCAUGUAUUUAUUGCAAUGUACAUACUGUAAUGUUAAUUGUAAAUUAUCUGUUCUUAUUAAAACAUCAUCCCAUGAUGGGAUGGUGUUGAUAUAUUUGGAAACUCUUGGUGAGAGAAUGAAUGGUGUGUAUACAUACUCUGUACAUUUUUCUUUUCUCCUGUAAUAUAGUCUUGUCACCUUAGAGCUUGUUUAUGGAAGAUUCAAGAAAACUAUAAAAUACUUAAAGAUAUAUAAAUUUAAAAAAAACAUAGCUGCAGGUCUUUGGUCCCAGGGCUGUGCCUUAACUUUAACCAAUAUUUUCUUCUGUUUUGCUGCAUUUGAAAGGUAACGGUGGAGCUAGGGCUGGGCAUUUUACAUCCAGGCUUUUAAUUGAUUAGAAUUCUGCCAAUAGGUAGAUUUUACAAAACCACAGACAACCUCUGAAAGAUUCUGAGACCCUUUUGAGACAGAAGCUCUUAAGUACUUCUUGCCAGGGAGCAGCACUGCAUGUGUGAUGGUCGUUUGCCAUCUGUUGAUCAGGAGCUACUUCAGCUACUUGCAUUUGAUUAUUUCCUUUUUGUUUUUUUUUAAACUCGGAAACACAACUGGGGAAAUAUAUUCUUUCCCAGUGAUUAUAAACAAUCUUUUUCUUUUUUUUUUUUUUUUAAGUCUUUUUGGCUUCUAGAGCUCAUAGGAAAAUGGACUUGAUUUGAAAUUGGAGCCAGAGUUUACUCGUGUUGGUUAUCUAUUCAUCAGCUUCCUGACAUGUUAAGAGAAUAUAUUAAAGAGAAAAUACCGUUUUUUAAUCCUAAAAUUUUUCUUCCACUAAGAUAAACCAAAUGUCCUUACAUAUACGUAAACCCAUCUGUUUAAACACAAAGUUGUGUUGAUGUCAGUUUACAUAGCAGAAAGCAUUCACCAUCUUCUAAGAUUUGUUUCUGCAAAACUUUCAUUGCUUUAGAAUUUUAAAAUUUCACCUUGUACAAUGGCCAGCCCCUAAAGCAGGAAACAUUUAUAAUGGAUUAUAUGGAAACAUCCUCCGACUACUUGCCCAGCCCUUGAAUCACGUGGCUUUUCAGUGAAAGGAAAGAUUCUUUUUCUAGGAAAAAUGAGCCUCCUAUUUUAUUUUAUUUUAUUUUUUGACACAAACUGUAGAUUUUAGCAGCCCUGGCCCAAAGGAAUUUGAUUACUUUUGUUUUAAACAGUACAAAGGGGACACUAUAAUUACAAAAACAUCCUUAACUGAUUUGAGUUGUUUUUAUUUCUUUGGAUAUAUUUUCAGAGUGGUAAAUUGUGUGUGAGAAUUACAAAUGAUUAUUCUUUUAGUGGUUUCUUAGCCUCUCUUACAGCCCACCGGGAUAGUACUGUACAUCAAUACCUUCAUAUGAAAUUUUUAUAUGCAAUGAAAAUAAAAGCAUGGGUUGAUUCUGCCUA